AUGCCAGCCCCGCAGAAGAAAAUCAUCUUUUGCGUAGCCGGGGUGCUGAGCCUCGCUUGCGCGCUGGGGACGGCAGCAGCCCUGGGCACGCAGCUGUGGGUGACGGGGACGAUGCUCUGCAAGACAGGAGCCCUCCUCGUCAAUGCCACCGGCCACGAGCUGGAGAAGUUUAUCGGCGAAAUCCGCUACGGGCUUUUCUACGGCGAGCGUGUGAGACAGUGUGGGCUCGGAGGGAGACCGCUCCAGUUUUCAUUUUUUCCAGAUCUGCUCAAAAUUAUCCCUGCAAGUAUCCAUGUUAGUGUCAUUCUCUUCUGUACAGUACUGAUCGUCUUUGCUCUGGUGGGAGCAGGUUUCUUCAUGUUCAAUGCUUUUGGCAGCCCUUACGAAACCCUGCACGGCCCCGUCGGGUUGUACCUCUGGAGCUUCGUGGCCUGUUCCUGUGGCUGCCUCAUCAUGAUUCUCUUCUCUUCAGAAGUUAAAGUCCACCACCUUUCAGAGAAAAUUUCUAAUUUCAAAGAUGGAAGUUUUACAUUCAAGACUCACAGUGAACAGUUUGCAAAUUCCUUCUGGAUCAUCCUGGUUUGCUCCCUGGUGCAUUUCCUGAACGCCUUACUGAUACGAUUUGCUGGAUUCGAAUUCCCCUUCUCAAAAUCAAAAGAUUCUGGAACAGCCACUGGGGCGGUUGAUCUGAUGUAUUAG